GAUAUCUUUGUUUUGAGUUUUGGAAUGUAAACUGGCCUCCUGAUCUUCAAGAACCCCAGCAAGAACCAACAAGAAGGGAGAGAUGAAAGAUACUUGAGCAAUUCACCUUCAACUGCUCCACUUUCUUCGCUCAUCCAUCCUCAAGCGGUGGUCAACACCUUCGGAUCGAGCUAUAGAUGCAGACCUACCCAGGAGCCUCUCAUCUUCGAUCACCAUCCAUCCAGUCCGACUUCAACUUUGACAACGGCUUCUCUCCAACUAGCUGCACUACCCACAGGCCGACAAUCCAACUACAAGACCUCCUAGCACAUCCACUCAACCCAUCACCCAGUCCCGAUCCACCCUCACGUUCUCAGCCAUCCUCUCAUCCGACCUCAGGGACGCUUACUGAGGCAAAAACGUGGCGUCCUACGUCCCUCGUGAAUCAUCAGACGAGGUCUUCUUACCUCCUCCUUUCAGCUUCCUCACUUGGCUUACCGGCAACAUGUCCUGGCUUCAUCUCAUCACUCAUAACAUCCCUUGGUUCAUUCGCGCACCAGCAAUCGCCCUACUAGGAUCGGAAUGCUACACAAAUCUAAUCUAUAACGUCCAACUAGACGAGAUCUACUGUCUGAAAUAUGGAAUCUCUAAAUUUCUCAGCUUGGCAAUCGUCUUCGGAAGUGGGAUAGUCAAAGUGCCUCAGAUCAUCAAAAUCUUACAAUCCAGAUCGGCCCGUGGACUCAGUCUGGCUGGAUUCCUCCUCGACUCUCUCGGCUUGGUUAUCAUCGUCUGUUAUAACUAUCGGCACGAUUUUCCUUUCUCAACUUAUGGCGAAAGUUUCCUGCUUCUGAUUCAAAACACAAUAAUAGUAACAUUGAUCAUCCUAUCAUCACGAUAUCCCAAGGCAGGCUUGCUAUCCUUCUUGGCCAUCUCAACCCCGGCAUUACUCUUAGGAAUCACCCUAGUCCCCAACUCGCCUGUCCCAGCAUCCGUCCUACAGGGCCUUUUGACGCUCUCGAUCCCAUUAGCCUUGAGCUCUAAGAUCCCACAGAUCAUGAUCAAUUUCCAGAAGAAAUCGACCGGACAACUCUCAAGUUUCUUGAUCUUCAGCUCCUUCCUAGGCUGUCUGGCCAGACUAUUUACUACCCUCACCGAAACUGGCGAUCUAACGCUUCUGAUCAACUUCAGUUGCGGCUCGAUCUUGAACGGCAUCCUCGCACUUCAACUCAUCAGUUACUGGAACGAGUCUUCCAACACGACCGGCCCAAACCUCACUCAUCCCGCUGGUUCUCGAAACUCGUCCACUCGGCUGAGCGAUUCUAGUGAAAAUCGCUCGUCAGAUCCGAUGUACGAAUUGAAUGAACUUCGUCGAAGAUCAAGCUCCAGUCGACCAUCUUCCCCUUUGUCGAAAUCACCCUCCUCUUCCUCUCCGACUAUCAACUUGAACUCUCCCCGUCAGUGGACUCGUAAAGCAGAUUAAGAUCAAGACCCUCCAAAACACUUCCUUCUGAAAAAAGUGCGUUAUCCAUAAUCUAUUUAUCUAUUCUUUACCUCCUCAAAAUGGUUUUAAUCAUUGCAUUAUAAGUUCAAAAUGUUCUAAAAAGAUAUUUGUGAAUUUUUAUUUUUGUUUUAUCUUUCAAUCCCUCCCUGUUUUCAUUUUCUUCAUUCUAUUUUUCUAGAUAGAUUUUAUCAUUUUAUCCCA